AGCCAGUAGGUGAGGUUGGGGCUGGUGGCUCCUGCCUCGGUGGCGCACAAGAGACCCGAAAGCGGGCGAGGUUAGAUCGCUGCGCCGUCGGAGCUGUCCACUCUGUCGUGGUGCUGAACUCCAUAUCCCACUAUUCCUCCUCCUAUAUCGGCGCUACUGUGCAUUCAUGGUAUUUGGGGAAAGGAUUAUUACCCCCUCGGCUGCUUAGGUGCAAACUUCUCCCGAGGACAUCGUUUCAGCUCGGAAAUUACACUACCAUCCGUGGAUUUGACCGGACCCGGUUCGAGAAAAUAAUCAUAAUAGUUUGUUGAGAAGAGUUGUUUUUUUCCCCCUUACCACUAAUCGUGCGUGGAUUAUCCUCCUGGAUGGUUUACGUCUGGACACACAGGGAAAGACCAAUGAGGACGGCCAGAUGGUGGUCGGCGGCAAUUUUACUGUUGGGGCUCGCUUUGCUCAGCGUCGACGGGAGGCCCAGCAAGGAGGGAUUCGGGCCGCCGCCCUAUCGACCCGUCGUGAGAUUCCGACACAAGCAGGAUGGGAUCCCUGAGAGCUUGAGGAUAAAGGGAUUUAUGGGACACACUGGCUACCCUGGUCCAUGUGAACACAAGUACUGUGGCUUGGGGCGUCACUGUGUGGUCAACCAUGAGACCGGCCAAGGGGAGUGUAAGUGUUUGGACCACUGUAAACCGCACUAUAAACCAGUGUGUGGUUCAGAUGGGAAGCUGUACCAGAACCACUGCGAGCUCCAUCGGGCAUCCUGCCUCGGAGGGCACAGGAUCACCAUCAUGCACAGUGAGGAGUGCUUCUACAAAGAUGAUAACUGCAGACUGAGUGACUACCGCAGGCUGAAAAACAAAAUUCUGGAUCUGCAUGAGAAAAGAUACAUGGGCUCUAACAUCUACGGACGCCACAAGGACAAUAUGGCCACCAGGAAGCAACUGGUCGAUAUGAUGUUCAAGCGCUUUGACGCGGAUGACAACGGACAUGUGGAUGCCAGCGAGCUUUCUCAGGUCAUCAAGCAAGAAGGCCUGUCCAAGGACAUGUCCGAGUGCACCCUGUUCGACCUCCUCAAGUACAGCGAUGUCAACGACGAUGAGCGCCUGACAAAAGAGGAGUUUUACACAGCUUUCGAAGUGUACCUGCUCACUCUUCCAGAUGACCAGAAAGUGAGUGUUACCACAGUAACAGUUGGCCAGAGUGCCGUGUUGACUUGUGCCAUCACAGGGGAGCAGAGGCCUCCUAUACUGUGGAAGCGCAACCAUCAGCUCCUCAACUCCUUGAACCUGGAGGACAUCAAUGAUUUUGGGGAUGACGGCUCUUUGUACAUCACCAAGGUGACCACAAACCACAUGGGCAACUAUACCUGUCAUGCUGAUGGCUAUGAGCAACUCUCACAGACACACACUCUCCUAGUGAACGUUCCUCCUGUGAUCCGGGUAUAUCCAGAGAGCCAAGCCAGGGAGCCGGGGGUGACAGCCAGUUUGCGCUGCCAUGCCGAGGGCAUCCCCAACCCGCAGCUGGCAUGGCUGAAGAAUGGCAUGGACAUCACAACCAAGCUGUCCAAACAGCUCACUCUGCAAGCUAAUGGAAGUGAGGUGCACAUCAGCAACGUGCACUUUGAGGACACCGGCGCGUACACCUGCAUCGCCAAAAACGACGCCGGCGUGGAUGAGGACAUCUCUUCACUUUUUGUGGAAGACUCGGCGCGCAAAACUCUGGCAAACAUUUUGUGGCGAGAGGAAGGUCUCGGAAUUGGCAACAUGUUUUAUGUGUUUUAUGAAGACGGUAUUAAAGUCAUUCAGCCAGUGGCAUGUGAGAUACAGCGACACAUUAAGCCCAGCGAGAAGCUGCUAGCUCUAGAGGAGGAGGUGUGCCCCAACUCUGCAGGGGAGGCGGUCCAGAGGUGUGUGUGGUCAUCAGCGGUCAACGUCAAGGACAAGUUUAUUUAUGCGACACAACCAACCUUGGGUCGAGUUCUCAUAGUUGACAUCCAGUCUCAGAAGGCCGUCCAGACGGUCAGCACCGACCCUUAUCCUGUGAAGCUCCACUAUGACAAAUCCCACGACCAGGUGUGGCUGCUCAGCUGGGGAGACAUGGAGAAGAACUUCCCCACUCUUCAGGUGAUCAGCCAGGCCAGUGGACGUGUGUCCCACCACACCAUCCACACCCAGCCAGUCGGCAGGCGCUUCGAUAGGGUGGACGACUUCUUCAUUCCCGCUUCUAGCCUCAUCAUCAGCCACAUCAGAUUUGGCAUCAUUCUUCAUCGAAAUGAGCCUGUUCUUCACAAAAUUGACCUGGAGACCACAACAUAUGUGAAAAAUAUCAGUUUACGGGAGUACAACUGCAUCCCCAAGUCAGUAGCCUACACACACCUUGGUGGCUACUACUUUGUCAACUGCAGGCCUGAUUCCACCGGCGCCACUCAGCCUCAGCUUAUCUUGGACAGCGUGACAGAUGCUGUCAUUGGCCAGAAUGGCGACGUCACCGGGACGCCGUACGUGUCCCCGGAUGGUCACUACCUGGUCACUGUGGACGACGGCGACGGCCUGAUGAGGAUCCAGAUGAUCUCGGUACGGGGGGAGAUCCAGAAACCCUUCGACAUUCACACCAACCUGCACCUAUCAGACCUGGCCUUCCAACGCUCAUUCACCGAGGUCCACCAGUACAACGUGUUCGGAAGCUCCAGCCGCCAAACCGAUGCUCUGUUUGUGGAGCUGAGCAGCGGAAACGUCAAGAUGAUCAAGAGCUUGAAAGAUGCCACCAAGUCGUACGAUUGGCCAUGGAGCAGUAGGAACAGGGUAAUGGCCGGCAGCGGACUGUUUGGACAGUACCUCAUGACCCCGUCCAGAGAGUCUCUCUUUAUCCUGGAUGGACGACUCAACAAGCUCAACUGUGAGAUCACUGAUGUCCUCAAAGGCAACGUUGUGGUGUGGGUUGGGGAGUCCUAGGUAAUACAUCAAGACCCAAUGAUCGCUUUUUCUUACAGUAAAAGGUACUGUUGCACUGAAUUUUGUUGCAGAUUUUUAAUUUUUCUGGGGGCGUGAUAGAAAAUACCACUGAUUCCAAAACCAAAUUGACCAUUGGAUGAUGGACCAUCAUCCAAAAAAAAAAAAGGAUAAUAAAAGAUGGAGUAAUUUAUUGCUGUUGUUAUCAAGCCAAGUUUGUUUUUCCACGGGUGGUUUGAAGUCAAUCUAAAGUUGCUUGCCAGUAUCAUUUUUAGGUCAUAUUGUGUGCCGUAAAUAGGGUCAACUUGGCAUUCUUAAUCACAAGUUUGUUGCAAACUAGAUUGCAUUUAGUGUUUGGCUCUACUGUAGAUGAUCUCUCAACAAAUUACAUACAGUACUUAAGUGAAUUGGCAAAUAUAUACAGAAUAUAUACAUAUAUGUCUUGAUUAUCCCUCGGUUAUGUUUCCCCAUUUUGAACUUUUUCCUGUGCCUUCAAGGAACCGCCCCACCCCCAAAUCAGAGGAAUUAGCGUAAUUAUUCCCAGCGUGACUUCAGAUUACACCUCUUCCUUUGACCUUACAUUUGUUGUGAGAGUUUCCUCACAAAUCCAUGUCUCUUGUCUAUCUGUCUGUCCGACGCUGAGCCGUCCAAGUCUAAUUAAAACGAGCCCUUGCUGUGAUCCCAUCCCUUCUGAAGUGGAGACCGAGAGAUUGAGUGGUUUAUUAUGGUUGUGUGCUCUGCAACCUUUGAUCUGAAAAUAUAACCAAUGUUGAGAGGUUUUGAAUGUGAUUUUCUUUAGUCCAAGAUUAAAAAAAAAAAAAAAAAAGAAAGUCAAUGACGAUGUUAGUUAAAUUGUACCAGCUUUAUACUCCGCAUUGUGAAAUGAAAUCAUUUCAUAUGUCCCGUAGCAAUGAGUCAAUAGGGCACUUGUGUGUGAAGAAAAUCCCAUCAUAAUUCCAAUAUCCCUCGGACCAAAAACACAUCUUAGAAUACAAUAGAAUGUACUGUGGAAAACUUGCAUUGUCUGCUCUGUUUGACAGUGUGUUUCAAAUGGAUAUUUUAAUGAGAAAUAAUGAUGAGUGGGGUAGUUUUGGUGGUAGUGCGUAGAGGAUCUCUGAGGAUAAGCUUUGAAUAUGAGACGCUCACAGUUCUUUUUUGAAUGCUACUACAGUAGACACAUAGCUGGAUGAAUCUGUCAUACAUGGUGGCUGGCAAGCACAUGAAACUGUUUCCUGGCUGGACACAUUCUAUGCAUUUUCACCCCAGCACUCUAUGACAAACACAAUGAGGAAUUGUAUUUCGAUUUAUCUCAAAUUUAGUAUGGACUUUUUGAUGUUUACAGAUUAUACACAGCCAUUCUGUCUUUCCCGUCAAGACUUAUUUGUAUGAUUUGAUUUAGUUUUACUUUGAAUACAUUUUGCUUUCCAAUCCUUAAACCCACUGUCCUGAUGAUGACCUCUUACGUUUUUCUCUAUUGUGUUUUGUACAUAGUGGCUGACUAUGAGCCCAUUAACACAGCAGGCUCCAUUCAUGUACAGAUUUACAAGGGUGAAUAAUCACAACGCUCCUUUUUAAGACAUGAAACAACUCCACUGUCAUUUUCAACACCCUGUACCAAGCACAUUGUGAUCACCUGCACCGCUUUCACCUGCAUUCAGCCAUGUCUUGUAUGUUCAUUCAUGUGAUCGUUAUUUAUGUAGAGAAAACACACUUGUCAUUUUACCCAAGAAUAAAACCUGUACCAUA